AUGGCUUUCGCCGGCGAAACUCGGAACACCCGUCCUCAGGGAGCUCUGCCAACGCACGGUAAGGAGCACCGGUGGUGGAUCUGCCCGCAUCGAGCGCAACAGACGCCACACCAUGUGGUGCCCACCGGCGUCAGCCGCGGGGCGAGCGCAGCGGCAAAACCGCGCUUCCACGGCCAUCCGCUCGACGACGAGGCCGCCGUGGCGUCCGGGCCCGCGGGCGAUGGGCAAGCCCACUGCAGGCACCACCAGCACACACACACGGGGCACACUGCAGAGCACGCAGCAGCCAAAAAUGCCACCAAGGAGCAGACCACCCGAACCAAGGCACAGCAGCAGCAGGCCCUGGCGCUGGGAUGUGCCCCCUACGGCACCAGAUCCGCACCCCCAUGGCGUAGAUCGGCCUCGGACAGGACCCGAGAGGCAUGGGAGGAAGGCUGCAGCGACCCCGGCGGCAGGGGAGCCCGCCCAGAUCUGGGGAGGGAAACCCCAUCGCCGAGCAGACCUGCCGCCGCUGGAACGAGGUUGCCGCACGGAGGAUCUGGCACUGGCGGCGCCGGAGAGAAGGAUGAGAGCAGAGCGGCGGCGUCCACGGCGGCGUGGAGGCGCGCAGCGGCAUGGAGGGGCGGCGGCCGCGGCGGCGUGGAGAAGGGUGUGGAGGAGAAGGGCCCCGCCGCCGCCAUCCUAGCAGCCGCACGGACUUCGGCGGCUGCUCCGGCAGCGGCGAGGGCAGGGGAGCUUGGGAGGGGGCGGCGGCGGCGGGGGGUGCUCGGGUCCGCCCGAGUCGCCCCUGAGGACGACGCAGGCGUCUCUCACUCGCAAGGAAGCAAGGUGUAUUUAGCGUUCGGGAUGCAAAACUAUAUAGGAUCGUGCCGGUGCGUUGCUACGAGCAAAACAAAUUCCAUCUAUAAGCAUCAAAUAUUAUCAUCAAUAAGCAUCAAACAUUGA